UCAGAUAGUGAUAUGUGGUGUGGCCAAAUGACAGCGAGUUAGUAUAAUGCCAAACGUUGAACACCAAGCAACGCUAUGAGUGAAGCUUUGCAGUAUCAUGAAAUUACCUUGCCCGUGGGUCAGCUGAAAGGUGUUGUAAGAAAAACCAUUUAUGAAGACAGCUAUUACAGUUUUGAGGGCAUUCCCUAUGGCCAGCCACCUGUGGGGCAUUUAAGGUUUCGGGCCCCUUUACCGGCCGAACCUUGGAAUGGAGUUAAGGAUUGCACGGAUUUCAAUAUCAAACCGGUGCAAAAAAAUCCCUUAACUGGCAAGGUUGAGGGUUCAGAGGAUUGUUUGUACUUAAAUGUCUAUGCUAAGACGUUACAAUCGAAAGCCCCCUUGCCCGUAAUGGUUUGGAUUUAUGGUGGCAGCUUUCUUUUUGGUGAGGCUACCCGAAGUUUUUACAGUCCAGAUUAUUUCAUGAGUGAAGAUGUCAUUGUAGUCACACUCAAUUAUCGUCUUUGUUCGUUGGGCUUCUUAAGUGUUGCAGAUCCCACAGUGCAAGUGCCUGGCAAUGCGGGCCUUAAAGAUCAAAUAUUAGCAUUGAAAUGGGUUAAAAACUACAUUGAAUACUUCAAUGGUGAUCCGCACAAUAUAACCCUUUUUGGCAAUAGUGCCGGUGCUGCCUCCACUCACUUUCUUGCGGCCAGCCAUCAAACUAAAAACUUGUUCCACAAGGCCAUCUGCUUGUCGGGAACAAUGUUGAAUUCUUGGAGCGUAACCCCAACCAAAGACUAUGCUUUUCGUUUGGCCCAGCAACAUGGCUAUAGGGGAGAAAAUCUAGAUUCCAAUGUCAUAGAGUAUCUGCGUACCCUUGAACCUGGAAAAUUGGUAACUCAUAAUAUUCUCAACCAUGAGGAUACUCGGAAUGGUGCCUCAUUUCCUUUUGGCCCUUGCAUUGAACCUUAUGACUCGGAGCAUUGUGUGAUUUGUUGCGAUCCAAAACUUUUACUCAAAGGGGCCUGGAGUAAUGAUAUACCGAUAAUCUUCAGUGGAACCGCCGAUGAAGGCUUGCUCAUGUAUCCCAAGCUUAAAGCGUUUCCUACUCUGUUAAAAGCCUUGACACUUGAGCCCGAGAGGCUUUUACCCGUCGACGUGAGAACAAACAACGAUAAGAGUAUAAAUCUUGAAAUGGCCAAGCGGAUUGCAAGACAGCACUUUGGUGAGAAGGAACCCAGUGAGAGUGCACUGAAGGAAAUCAUUUAUUAUUACACCAUUAAACUCUUUUGGCAUGGCAUUCAUCGUUCUGUACUCUCACGUUUGGCUUACGCCAAUGCUCCAACCUAUCUGUACCGCUUCGCCUUUGACUCGCCCACUUUUAAUCAUCAUCGCAGAAGGUUUUGUGAACAAGAUGUGGAAAGUGGUGUGGCCCAUGCCGAUGAUAUUUCAUAUUUGUGGUAUGCCUACUAUUCGUGGAAAUUGAACAAAAACUCCAAGGAAUACCAGAUUAUAACAAAUAUGAUUAGACUUUUUGUGAAUUUUGCCAAAAACUCUCAAUUGGAUGUACAGAGAGUGGAAACAGAGAAAGAAGUUUUGAAUUGGAGACCACUGGAUAAGGCAGAUCCCUACGAAGUUCUAGAUUUAGAAGACGAGUUUGUAAUUAAAACUCAGAAAGAGAAAGAUGAUUUAUUGCUGUGGGAUGAGCUAUACGAAAAGAAUAAACUAUUUUGUUUACAGUAUCAUCAAAUUACCUUGCCCGUGGGCCAAUUGAAAGGUGUACUAAGAAAAACCAUUUAUGAAGACAGCUAUUACAGUUUUGAGGGCAUUCCCUAUGGCCUACCACCUGUGGGGCAACUAAGGUUCCGGGCCCCUUUGCCAGCCAAGCCUUGGAAUGGAGUAAAAAAUUGCACUGAUUUCAAUACAAAGCCUGUGCAGAAAAAUCCCUUGACCGGCAACGUUGAGGGUUCAGAGGAUUGUUUGUAUCUGAAUGUCUAUGCUAAGACGUUACAAUCAAAAGCCCCCCUACCCGUUAUGGUUUGGAUUUAUGGUGGCAGUUUUCAUUUUGGUGAGGCCACCAGAAGUUUCUACAGCCCGGAUUAUUUCAUGAGUGAAGAUGUCAUUGUUGUUACACUAAAUUAUCGUCUUUGUUCGUUGGGCUUCCUAAGUGUGGCAGAUCCCACAUUGCAGGUGCCUGGCAAUGCGGGCCUUAAAGAUCAGAUCUUGGCCUUGAAAUGGGUCAACAACUACAUCAAAUAUUUCAAUGGUGAUCCGCACAAUGUAACACUUUUUGGCAACAGUGCAGGCGGCGCCUCCACCCACUUCCUUGCUGCCUCACACCAAACAAAAAACUUGUUUCACAAGGCCAUAUGCUUAUCGGGCACAAUGUUGAAUCCCUGGAGUGUGGUACCACCCAAAGACUAUGCCUUUCGUUUAGCCCAGGAACAUGGCUUUGAGGGUGAGAAUAUCGACUCCAGUGUCAUAGAGUUUCUGCGCUCCCUUGAAGCUGAAAAGUUGGUUUCCCAUUUUAUUCUUAAGAAAGAUGAUUUCCGAACUGGUGUUUCAUUUCCCUUUGCACCUUGCAUAGAACCUUACGACUCAGAGGAUUGUGUUAUAAGUUGUGAUCCCCAACUUUUGCUCAAAGACACCUGGAGUAAUGACAUACCAAUAAUUUUCAGUGGAACCGCCGAUGAAGGCUUGCUCAUGUAUCCGCAAAUAAAAAUGUUUCCAGCGCUUUUGAAAGCUUUGACCUUUGACCCAGAGAGGCCAUUACCCCACGAUGUGGUAGCAAACAACGAUAAGAGCGCCAAUAUGGCUAUGGCCAAGAGACUUGCGAGACAGCACUUUGGAGAGAAGGCACCCACUGAGAGUGCACUAAAUGAAAUCACUAAUUACUACACCAUAAAACUCUUUUGGCAUGGCAUACAUCGUUCGAUACAAUCUCGUUUAGCCUACGCUAAUGCUCCGACCUAUCAGUACCGCUUUGCUUUUGAUUCGCCCACUUUUAAUCAUCAUCGCCGAAGGUAUUGCGGCAAGGACUUGAAAAAUGGUGUGGCCCACGCUGAUGAUGUUUCAUAUUUGUGGUAUGCCAUAUAUUCGUGGAAGUUGGACAAAAAGUCCAAGGAAUACCAGAUAAUAACCAAAAUGGUCAAGCUUUUGGUGAAUUUUGCCAAAAACUCUCAAAUGGAUGUACAAAGAGUGGCGACAAAAGGUGGUGAUUUAAAUUGGAGACCAUUGGACAAGGCUAAUCCAUAUGAAAUUCUAGAUUUAGAAAACGAUUUCCAGAUUAAAACCCAAAAAGAGAAAGCAGAUCUUUUGAUAUGGGAUGAAUUAUAUGAAAAAAAUAAAAUAAUAAAACAAAAACUAUAGAAAAUACA